AUGGCUAAACCGAGAAAGCCGACUCUACCAUUGACCUCAACUAAUUCCGAUUCUGAUCGUAUAGUUACGUCUAAAGUGUGGCAGUUGAUCAAUGCACUCAACCUGCGACCGGGAUCAGAAUCCUUAUCUACGCAUCCUAAGUCUAAGGACGAAACUGAGAGUACAGGUCUAGACGCUACCAAAGGAACAAGACGCCGUAAAUUGAAGGCGAAGUCACAGGUAGUGAAAACUGAAUCACCUGCAAAAGUUGUUGAAUCACCCAACAAGAGGACGAAAGGUUCAAGAGGUCAAAUCAUUAAAUCCCUACCGAUCAAGUCAAACGGAAUCGGGCAACAAUCGCAGACCACACCACUUGAACUAGAGCAAGUAAAACAUGAGGAUUCAAUUCUCACCAAGCACCUACCGAAGAAGACUCCCGCGAGAACUGAAGUGAGGAGGUCACAAAGGAGUAGGACCAAUCAUUUCAAGAAAGUGGAACAAGAGGAGUACUCUGAAAGAGUACUUGCUGGGAGAUCAAGUAAAAUGAAACUUCAGAACCCUGGAAAAGUUAGGGCUCCCUUGGGAGAGAUUGGGAUUCGUCGGACAAGACAAAACACUAGUUUGGAUGGAAUUAUAUUCGAUGAUUCAAUUUUGAAUGCUAGGACCAAGAGGAGUAAGUCUCACUCAACACGAAAAUCUCAAGAGAUUCACGAAGUAGUCAAGGAAGAUCUAGAAAGUCACAAGUUCGUGAAGAAGAGCCUAGCAAGCGAAAAGAAUUCUCCGGGCCAGAAUGGUCCUCCAGGCAAAAAAGGAGGCCCAAGUCAAACAGAUCCUCUAAUUCAGAAAGACAUCGCAGUUCAAAAAAUCAUUACUGAAGUGGAUAAGAAUGAAUCGUUCGAGGCAUCUUUUCUCAGGGUCAAAUUGCCUGAAGUAUCGAGUAUCAUUUCCCUGAAUGAAAAUGCAGAAAACCUGAACUUUGAGCUUGCGAAACUGGAGAGAACCUUUGUGAGUCUACCGCGCAUUCCAAUCAGUCUUCUUGUAAACGAAAAGGACUCGAUUGAGACAACAGUAGAGAAUACGGGACAACUUUUGGUAGUGGAGAAAGAGCAAGUGGACGUAGCAUCCUUAUUGACCGAGAAGGGAACGGAGGUAACAGCAAAAAAAAUUGUCAAUCAAGAAGCACCCGAACUGAGAGACGGGAAGGAGUACGAGGAUUCAAACACAGAAGCCCCUCUUCGGAAUAAAGCGUCCACCCCGCUUCAAUCUAACCAUGGCUACAAUUCAGAUGCAUUUGUGAAUAAACGAAAGAAGAGAUUCAAAAGAUAUGAAAAGUCUCACCGCAGAGUCAUCAUUAACCCAUCUUCCGAAUCUGAAGCUAGCCUCUCCUCUCUGCUGGAAAGCGAGGCAGAUUCACAGAAGGUGGAGUUCGUGGGGAACGGAAGUGUUGAUUAUACAAAUUUGGAAAGGCUGAUGAUUGAAGAACUCGUGCGAGACCAAACACUGCUUGAAGCUCAGCGUCCAAUCGACAUUGACGAUGAAGAAGACGACAAUCAAGAGGUGGAUGCUGAUGGAACAGUCGACAUAGAGGAGAAGGGAAAUGAAGUUCAAAGAGAAGUAGGAGAUUGUGAUGGGCAAGAAAAGGAAGCUGUGUUGCUCAAAGCUGUUUUGCAGGAAGAUGAAAACACUAAAGAAAAACAAGUUACAAACGACUCUGAUGAAAAUGAGGAUAUAUUGCCAGUGGAUGCAUCGACUGUUGAGCAUAUUUUCAUCAAUAAGCAUCACUCCAAGCGUCGCAAAAUUAACCAGAAGAGAAAGAGCACCGCGAGAAAGCUAUUUCGUGAACAAAGAAACAAGCAGUACGGCAAUGAGCAUGGAACACCUCAGCUUACACUUCAGCCUACGGAUACAGCUGCUCCUCAACCUGCUACGGUAAAGCUUUUCGUCCCAGAAGAUGAUGAAGCACCUGAAAAAGUUCAAGUUCAUGCAUUAGCGGAUAAAUCUGAGGAUUCCAGUGCAGCUGCUCCUGAGGGUACAACACUUUCUGUCAAGAGCGAGAGCAUAAUCCAAGAGACUCAACAAGCAUCACUAGAGGUAAUAUCAAACAGAAAUGGCGAUGGCAGAGGUCCAGCCACAAGAGCACUAUCUUAUUCUCUUCGCUCUCCACCACCAGAGAAGAUCCUUGCCGAAAAAUCACCAACCAUACAACGCACUCAGGUCCCGAACUCUUCGCCACCACAUAUGGGCGGAACUUUUAAUGCCGAUGCACUUAGAGCAGCAUUUGGGGCGCCAUUGGCAACUCUGACACAAUAUUUAUCGCAGGCUGAACCAAAUUUCACCGACCCACAAGUACUGCGAUCCUCACAUGGAGUCAAUUCCUCAGAUCACAUCCUCAUUCCAAAUUCUUCAUAUUCGAUGUCAGAAAAAUCGCAGAAUUUGGCCGAUACAAGUGGUUUGGCAAUCAACAGCUCACUGAAUAGCAGAUCUUCGUUCAAUAAGCUGACGUCCACGCCUCUUCGCAAAAGUCGUGGAACGCAGACAGAGAAUCGUGAACCAUUCACUUUGAAUGCCCUGCCUAUUUCAUCGAAGAUUUAUGCUCCAAAAGUGCAGAAGAUUAAGCUUAUACCACUCUCAAAAGAGGACAAGCCCGCUCCACUUCAGACAUUGGCCGAGCAAAUCCGAGAACGGUUCCAGAAAGCUGGUAAUGUCUAUGUAGGUUUUGUUGAUGAAGCUGACUCGGAAUAG